ACGCCAAUCCAAAUCGUUUUCGUGUCGCGUCCUUGGCGUCGCGUUGAAUCGUGGCAGUCGCGUGGGUGUCGUUGGUAUCGUACGUAAGCUAAGCUUUUAAUUACUCUUGCUUAAUUAAGAAAGUUUGCAAGCCCUGACAUCAACAUUAAGUGUUAUUUUGCCUCGAGCAGUACGAAUUGGAUAUGACGUUAAGUCGACUACGAUAAAAAGCUUGCGUUCUGUCGCACUUUGUCUAGAGCUACUGAACGCUAGGUUUUGCUCCGAGUCUCGCCGCCUUGUAUGUGUCGUGGGAACGGUGACGCGUUGACUAGCUUAAUGCAAUGAGAGCUGCAACUGUGAUCCUCCUCCUCGUCUUAUGGCCAGCUGCAUUGUGCGACGAUUAUUACCAACUCCUAGGCAUCGAACGUGACGCCGACAGCCGUGACAUACGACGGGCCUUCAAGAAGUUAGCUCUGAAGUUUCACCCAGAUAAGAACCAAGGAGAUCCCGAGGCACAUGACAAAUUCGUAAAUAUCAACAAGGCGUAUGAAGUUUUGAAGGACCCAGACGUUCGGAAGCGUUACGACACCUACGGAGAAGAAGGAUUGGACGGUGACCAGAAUGGUUGGGGGCGACAGUAUCACAGCUGGAACUACUAUUACGAAAAGUUUGGCAUUUACGAUGACGAUCCCGAAGUGGUGACAUUGAGCAGAAACGACUUUCAGAGCUCAGUAAUUGAGUCGGAGGACCUCUGGUUUGUCAACUAUUAUUCUCCACAAUGUUCCCAUUGCCACCACCUUGCUCCGGCCUGGCGUCAGCUGGCCAGAAGUUUCGAAGGAGUUAUUAGGAUCGGCGCAGUAAAUUGCGAAGAAGAUUGGCAGUUGUGCAGGCAGGAAGGCAUACACUCUUUUCCGUCAUUGAUCUUCUAUCCAGAGAGGGAAAAGUACGCCGGUUCUAGAGACUUGGACGAUUUGAAAGAUUUUGUGUUGCGUCGGCUUCCUGACCUCGACGUUGAUAUAUCAGAGACUGGCCUCUUACAGGCAGAAGCCAGCUCACUGCUUAGAUCAGUGGUAGUUGCUUCCUGUACUAAUGCCGACACGUGUUUAGUAAAAGAAGAGCUCAAGAAGUUGGCUGUUGCACUUAAUGGCCUUGCUUAUGUCUCCCUGCUUGAUUGCAGCAAAGAAGCAACACUGUGCAAAAAGUUAAGAAUUAGUGAUGGAGUGUACUUCUUUGAAGCAGCAACCAGCCAGGUUAAAAAACCUCAAGAGCUAGAGGGGAGCGAUGCCUCUGAAUUGCGGAAAGCCAUUCUGAAAGAGCUUCCUAGUUUUGAGCCAAUAACAUCGGAGCUCUUCAGUGGCCUGGUUCAGCAGCUAGAUGGCAGUGAUGAGUCGGAACCAUGGCUUCUGCAUUUCUCUAAGAGCAAACAGCCCGACACAGCUGCAGAGCUAGAGUUGAAACACAUAAGAGGUUACAUUCAGUCGGUGCGUCUGGGCUCUGUUGACUGCAGCCAAGAGGUAGAUGUUUGUGCACAGUUUUCAGUGACAAAAUCUCCUUCCUUCAUCCUCCUGCGAUCAAGUGGUGAAUACGAAGUGUAUCAUGGUCGUGUUAAUGCACGAGAUUUGGCUUCAUUUGCAAAGGAAAGUGCAGGAAGCCGCUUGCAGACUGUAACAGCUGCAACCUUUGAUAAAAAGGUGUCGCAGAGCAAAACCACAUGGUUGGUUGACUUUUUUGCACCUUGGUGUCCACCAUGCAUGCGCACACUUCCUGAGCUGCGAAAAGUGUCCCGCUCUUUCGAGGACAUAAUGUUUGGCGUUGUUGAUUGCACCUCGGAUGCUCCACUGUGCCAAAGCAAUGGGAUCAGCUCGUAUCCAAACCUCGUUUUAUUCCAUAAUGGUUCAACCACAUCUCUCAGUGGCUACAGGACAGCUGUAGAAAUCAGGGAAUUCAUUGAAAUAUCACUUGAUCCUAAAGUGAUAACACUCCACCCUGAAACAUUUAAAGAACUGGUAGAAGACAAAAGUGAAGACGACGUUUGGGCCAUAGACUUUUUUGCUCCUUGGUGUGGGCAUUGUAAGAAACUGGCACCAGAGUGGAACAAGUUUGCCAAGAUGGUGGCUGAUGAGCCAAACAUAAAUGUUGGCCAACUUGACUGUGACGCCCAUAGACAAUUCUGUGCCGAGCAUGGUGUGCGCUCAUAUCCCCACCUUCGUAUCUAUCCUCGUGGACAUUUCAGCAGUCGCCACUACUCAACGUUCAACGGCUGGUCAAGAGAUGCAGUAUCUUUCAAGGACUGGGCAUUACAUUUCCUUCCUAGCAGUGUUGAAGAACUUGAUCAUCACCGUUUUUAUAAGGAUGUUCUUGGUGACACUGCACCAUGGCUUGUAGACUUUUAUGCUCCAUGGUGUGGCCACUGUGUGUCAUUCAGGCCUGUGUUUGAAUCAGUUGCAAAAAAAUUUGAAGGAAGAGUAAAAUUUGGUGCAGUCAACUGUGAGGAGCACUGGCAUGCUUGUGAUGCAGCACAAGUGCAUCGUUAUCCCACUGUUAUGUUCUUCGUUGGUAAGACUACUAAGCUUCAGUCUGCAGUUGGUAACAUAAUUCAUGACCACAGAGAGGCUGAUUUGGUGAACACAUUGGAAUUAUUUCUCAAACAAAAAUCUAGGUCUAAAAGAAUUGAUGAUGAACUGUAAAAUGAAACCUUUUGCUUACUAGCUGACAGGAGCGUAUGUUCUCUCUGAGGUCAUAUAAUUCCACUGCUGUGCACAAAUUUUGCUUCUUUAGGAAUGUUGGCCUUGCUACAUGUCAAAGCAGCAUGUGUUCUAAACGUUUUUAGUAACUGAUCAUGCUUUCAUUGAAAGAUUUGCCUAGUCAUUUUUGAAGCACGCAGUGCAAGGAAAGGCAAAGCAGUGAUAUCUCAUCAUUUUUAUGCUUGAAUGCCAAAAGUUCAGAGCAGUCUUAAACUAAGUUGCACAAGGAACUGGGUCAAUAGUGCAGUGCACAACCCCUUCAGUCACAGUAUAGACAUUUGUGUACGCAAAUUGUUUUUGCCAGUUCCAUGCAGGGGUGCAAAGGGAAAAGCCACAAACAUUGUCCUGUUGCAUGUAAAUGGGCUCUUUCCCUUGCCUAGUGUGGCGCCAUUUCACUUCAGUGUGCAGAGUAUUGCCGCACAUGACAACUUUACUGAAAGCACUACCAUGUUAGACAAAAAGGUUAGCAUUUGUGUUCCAUGAGCACUGGAAGAUUGUUUCUCCUUUCUUAUAAAGCCUGAAGCUGGCAAUUAUGCAUAAGUUUUGAGCAAGUGAUUCAUUUCUUUUCAUUAAAAAAACAAAAAGACUGCACACUGAAUUGAGAUUGGAUUACUAUGUGUGCUCACAACAAAUUAUGCAAGUGAUUGUUCUGCUGCCUUAAAAUAUGUUAUUCACAGCAUUCAAAAUAUCUCCUGCUCCCUUUUAAUAACCUUUGAGGAAGGGUCCUGAAUGAUGGGGAAAACAUCCAACCUUUGAAACUGAUAGUGUAGAACAUAAAUUUUAGAUAUCUCUUGUCAAAUUUAUACAACUCUGUUGUAAGAUGGUUGUACAGGCAGUUGGUAUUAAUGGUAGACAUACUUGAGUGACUGCUUCCAGUUCUACUAAGCAUUUCAAACUGCAUUUGCGUUCCUGUGCAACAGCUGCUGCUGCAACCUUGCAGUCCUACAGGCUCUUGUGUUCAUUGUAUUGUAGUUAUCAUAACUCACUUACUAGAUGAUUAUGCUAAAGUUGGAAACUGAAAUUUAAAUGAGCAUGUUUCAAAUAAUUCAAUGAAAAGAUAUUAGGUGAGCACCAGGAUUUUCUGCUUUUUAAAUGAGCAACCUUUACGUGGGAGCUAAGUGGACUUUGGCCUAUUGACAAGCCUUUUCAAAGAAGCUUAAGAUAUGAAAGUCAGCUUUGUUUUUUCUUCUUCUUUAAUAUCAGCAGUAUUAUAAGUCCUAAAUUGUCUGAGGGCUGCAAACACUUUUGUGUGCACUUUGUGAAGAAACUGUGGCCAAACAUGUCCAAAUUUUAUGCUGCCUGUUACUUUAAGCCAGUAACUGACAAAUGCUGCAAGAGCUUCUCUGCUCAUAUAGCUGUGAACAAUAGGUGAGGUGGUACUUGCUUACAAUUGUUUCAUGUUCUAUGGGCACAUAUGUACAGUCAGCCACAAAAAUUUAUGGGACAUGGGUUCCAUGAGAAGUAUGCAUUUCUGCUCGUUAAGGCUUCGAUCAGUCUGUAAGUCGCAGAAACUACUAUAGGUUGAAACUUUUAAUUCGAGGCCAUGUGCAGAGGCUUUGCGAGAAUUCAGCUUUUCCACAAACCCCGGCUUGUAAACUUUUGUGGCUGACUGCACUUUUCAUUGUGUUACCACCAGCAACUUGCUUCCCGAUAGCUCUGCAGAUACAGGUCCUUGCCAUUUCCUAUUGUUAACACUUGUCAUUUUGCUCACUGGUAUGCUUAUAUGUGCUCAAAUUUAUUUGAUAAGCUCCCCACUCUUGUAUUUUAUUGGAGGUGCUUUUGCAUGAAACUGUACUCUAUUCAGGCAGCAAACCAAACCUUGCUUGUUCCUGUCAUUUUAAAGAACGCACACUAGUGUCUUUAUGGUAACCUGCAUAUCGUUGUUACAGCAUUGUGCAAUGCAUUGAUUUUGGAAUGGUUAUUUAUUUUCUCACUUUUGAAGGAUUGGGGGGGGGGGGGGGGGCAUGCUAGAAGGUCCACAGGCCACAUAAGUUCACAAAACAGGAGCUUGACAAAACUUGUCUUGCAGCAUGAAACAAGGAGUGCAACUCUGCACUUGUGGAACUACCACGACACACCUCACCACUCUGGGCUAUGCAUGUUGGCAGCACGGAAACUUGGUUCAUUCACAGCUCUGACAUUCCGAAAUGAGUGCACAUUUUAUUUCAGUUUAGCUAUCUAUAGUCAAUGCCAGGUCAAGAACACUGCUGCAAGUGUCCUAAUUAUGUAAAGAAUUACCUAACCUAUAGCACGCCCACCCCCUCCUUAUCCUUUGUAUCCAUAUCCCUGCCUUUCGAUGAGCCCUUUUGGGGGAGCUCUUUAUCAGGUAUGAGUGAUGGGAUCAGUUGGUCCACUCAUCCUUUCUUGGUACAUCUGGACAGUCGCACAUCCACACAUAAAGGAGAUUGGGUGGGGGAAGGGGACGAAGGAGCUGUUGGCAUGGAGGCCCUUAGUGCACAAGGUCAGUGAAAUACUUCCAAUCUGCUUUUCAAAUGACCUAUUUGUGUUUCAUCCCCAGACUUAUGAAUAUUUUGGUUGUUCAUGUAUGCAGUGAACACCUGCAUGACUUAUAGUUCAAAUAGUUCCCCUGCACCCUUUGGUGCAGGGGAACUAUUUCUUGGAAGCGCAAAGGGAUAAACGGCAGGCACAUCAUGCUUUUUUUUGGAAGGAGCCUCUCCUGCAUUCUUGACUUGUUGCCGACUAUAAGGACCACUGUUCUUGUCAUUCUUUUAUGUUGUGUACUAUCAUGGCUUUAAAUGUUCAGUUAUACAUUUCAUGCAGAUUUAACUAUUUUGUACAUUUUUUAUGCACCAUUUUACAUGAUUACGUGUAUCUUGCUAUUUUACACUGAUGCUCUGCUGAUGCUUUACACUCUGCUGGUUUACAGUGAUGCUCACAAGAAUUUUUUUUACACCAGUUUAUGUGUAUCCUGUUUACACAUUCUUUUGCAUUUAUAAUUGCUGGCAUGUGGACUAGAAUUCAAGACUAACUAUAAGUGGAAAUAAAUUCUCGUCGUGGUCA